GAGCAACUCGGAGAUUUCUUCUGGGUCAGUAUUCGUCCCCACAGCAUGUCCCAAUCCAUUCGAAUCGCCAUUUCUGGAGGCGGACUUGCUGGUGCAACGUUGUUUAACGUCUUGCAUCGUUUUGCUCAUCUAGAUGUCCAUAUUUUCGAAUCUGCGGCCGCCUUCAAGGAAGCGGGUAUGGCUAUUGGGAUAACUCGCAAUGCCCAAGCAGCUCUGGAGCGUAUGGGUCCCACAGCCGUUCAAGCUCUCGAACGUGCCGGAGCUGUUCCGAUGCGGAGAGUCCGUUUUGUUGUAGCCCAGGGUGAAGAGCAGGGCCGAGUCGUUGGUGAAAUAGAUGAAAAGACAGCGGGAAAGCGCCUCACUAGCAUUGUCCAUCGCGCUGCUCUUCUUCGAGAGUUAUUAUCAGAUGCUCCACAAGAUCAUCUACACGCCUCAAAGAAGCUGGAAUUUGUGAAUCGAAGACACGAUGGUUCCCUUGAACUUCAAUUUACGGACGGGACCAGCCAUGACUGCGACAUUCUCAUCGGGGCUGACGGCAUACACAGUACAGUUCGGAAUAUCAUUCUCGACGGCAUUUGUGCCGCUGCGCCCAGGAGUACUGGUGUCUGGUUGAUCAUGGCCCUAAUGCCCUAUGCAGAGGCUCAAGCGAGCAUCGGUAGAGAAAGGAUUGAUCUUGAAGAAGCAUGCGAAUAUUCCUGGCUGGGACAUGGCACGUAUAUACUACACAAUCUUCUAAGUGAAGGUCAACUCGUUCAAUUUGUCAUUGCUUCAAAGGAUGAGGAAGGUGAGCAUGAUCAAUGGCGCCGGGCAGUCAGUUGCGACGAGAUCAAAUCACUUUAUCACAACUGGCCGCAACAUUUACGGACAGCCGUGGAAGGGUUAUUCUGUAAAGAGCCAGACCAUCAAGCAAUGUAUCUCUGGGAACACCCACCGGUUCCGACGUAUGUGUCUGGACCCCUCUGUGUCAUGGGCGACGCUGCACACGCUACGACACCUUGGCAAGGAUCAGGUGGUGGUAUGUCAAUUGAGGACAGCUUUAUUCUCGCAACUUUGCUUGGGAGGUCAACCACGCGCAACGAUGCUUUAGCGGCCCUCAAGGCUUACGAUCAAGUUCGCCGUCCGCGUACACAGCGCAUCGUCGAAUCCAGUCGAAUUACAGGCAGCAUCUUGACCGGCACGAGCGAGGAGACUAGACGGUAUAUAGAUACACCAGGUAAAUUAUUGGGUAGAUGGGAUUUCAUCUUAGACCUUGACAUGGAGAAACAUCGCGAUGAGGCUAUAUCGGCCAUGGAUCAAGAGCUAGAUGUAGCUUGACGUCUCUGUAGUUCAAAGUUGAAUUUCAAAG